AUUAUAAAUUAAUUAUUUUAAGAAUUAAGUUCGAAUCCCAAUGGUGACCACUUUUUUUCACUUAUAUUACGAUUUUAUACUUUAGAAAAUAUUUAACAAACAUUACUACAACUAGAAGUAUUCUUUUAACCACUAUAACGAAUCGUUUCCCACACAUUUACCAUCAAAGAGAAAAAGCCAUGACCUCAGGAUCUCAGGUCACUCACUCGUAUAGGUGUAUUUGAGGUUAAGUAAGAACAAAAAUGUUGAAAAUAAAGACUCUUCUGGAUGUUCCAACUUAGUACCACAUCAGAAGAAACAAAAAGUACACAAUGGAUGUGGAAGAACAAAGACGUUUAUUAAUAAACCAAAAUAAUUCUCAUGAAAACAGCUCAGAAGAGGAAUGGUCCGACGAAUUAAGUGACGAUUCUUAUUAUUCCGACAGUGACAGCUCAGUCCCGGAAUGGGAAGCGUCAGUCCACGACAUAACCGGGGAACUCCUCUUCAUCGACUGUCACCCUUUCGUCACCCAAAACAUCGACACUACCAAGCCCAAAACACCCCUACAGCCCUUUUCCAAAGACCAACUCCGUCGCAGCACCCGAGGGAAAUUUCUCCGACUCAUCAGACGUCGCGAGAGUCAGAGACACAGUCGACGAUACUCCAAAACACAAGAUGUCGAUUCCUCGACCAACAAAGUGAAAUUCCACGAUUCGCAAGAAGGGGAAGAGAAAGACGUCAUUUUAAAACUAAUUAACGACAGUAGUCACCGCAAACCCGAAAUGGGACUACCGGAAAGUCUUCUCGGAAUCAAUGUUGGGACUCUUUCAGAUGGCAACAGAGUCAUGAUUGCGGGUUUCCUCCCCGACAGUGAGGCAAAACACGAAAAAAACAUAAAAAUCGGCGAUUGGCUGAAAAGUAUUAAUAACAUUCCCGUGACCAAUCAGAAUUUGGAUAGCAUUCUUGACAAGUUCAGUGACAAACAUGAAGUACUGUUGAAGUUGCAACGAGUUGCGGGGGUUGAAGUGACAAAAGACCCACCAAUUAAUGAACUGAAUUGUCAAUCGCGGUUUGUGAGAGAACUGGUGGGUUUUAAUAAAGACGACGAGCAAUUGUUGCUAGAGAAAUUAUCACAAUAUCCAAUUGGAAUCCUCUAUUUAAAUACAGAUAAACUAACCGAGAGCAAUCCUGAGUAUGACGAUAUCAUAUAUUCAUACCCACAACCUUUUCAAAAGUCAAUUUUAUGCCAAUCUAGAGGCAUUUUCAUAACAUUGAAUCAUCUCAUAAAUGACGUGACAAGGACAAAACCCCAGUCUACAUCAUUUUUUCACAGGGAUCAACUAUGUCACGUGACUUACACUCAAGAGAAUAAUAAAAUACUUCUGUUUUUGUUUCCUGGCAGUUGCGCCUCUGUAAAAGAAUCACUUUUGAUGAGCAAUGAAAUAAAACGAAUGUUUUUAUUUCUGUAUCAAUGUCUAGACCAGUGUUUCACAAUCGAGGGUAACAGACUGCAGGUCAAUCAUUUUUUUGCUCGUCUUUUCACAAGACUUUUAAACGGCAAGAAAUGGACUACUAGUGAUUAUAUUAUCGGAAACAAGACUUGUGUCGAGAACACUUGCCAAUUUGAGGAGGUUCUUCCAGUCGCAGCCACUUUGCCCCUUCCUAACGAGGCUUACAUGCAAGUCGAUGAUGCUUUAACCGAAUUAGAGGCUAGUGAUUAUAGAGAAUGGAACGAAGAACCCCUUGAUUGUCAACGACUUUUCACGAUACUCGGCAGCGCCUUGUACCACUACGGCUAUUUACUCAUUUCCCACUUAAUGUACGAAGACUUGAUCGAUGUUCAUGUUUUUUGCCGGCAACAAGGUUUCUUCCACUUGUCCAAAACCGAACCGGUUAAGACUCUCCUCUUGUGGAAAGAGGUUUUUCCGCACUCUUGUAACCGAACCGGCAACACCAACGUCAAAAUUCCGGUCGGAAAAAGAUACUUACUGUUAGUGGGUAGUAGAAAAGACCUCCUAGCUGUGAUAAUGGAAGCCGGCGGUUGCACCGAACCCGCCGAGGAGAAUAUGGGGCCCGAUGCCUUCUACGUCGAAGAGGCUCAGGCGACUUUAGCCCACAUUCAAGAAUUGGGAAUCCCGGAACUUGCCGAUCGGUGGAUUUCGACCAAUCCCGGUCCUCAAGUAACGAUCCCUGAAACGUGUACCAAACGAAAGUCGGAUUUUUUGGACAGUUUGAGUAAAUCAGUGUCGCAACAUAAGGAAGGGAAAAAACCGGAGGUGACUUCGAUUUUGAAACGGCGGAAUUCGGAUCAGAAUGUCACGAAUUCAAGCUCGUUUUUCCUGGAUGACCAUUCGGAUUCGGGAAGUCAGGGGGAAUCGAGGAGGAGUCGGUAUGAUUCAGAUGAUUCGGAUGAUUAUGGGGAUGGGAGCCAAAUGAGUAAUAGCAGUUUUGAUAUAUCAGAGUUGAGACAAACGAUUUUGUCGGAAACUGAGGAUAUACAACCAAGACAAUUGACAGUCGGGAAAGACAAUAUUUUAUUUCAUUUUAUUCAGUUUGAUGCGACUGAAGGCGUUCUGAUUGGUCCGCCUGAAUGUCGGCUGCAAUCGCAAACGAUUAAUGCGAUUUUGGAUUGUUUUAGAAAUGCCUGUCACAAAAUUCAUUGUUUGUUUCAAAACACGUUAAGGUUUAAAAAUAUGCCAGCGCAAGACAUGGCCAAAUCAGUAAUGAAUAAGAGUUUGAUUGCGAUAAAAGAACAUGGCGUCAUGUUUGAAUGUCCUUUCUUAGAUGAUGCCGAUAAUAAGAAUAAGAGUAAAAUAAAGUACUGGGUUGUGGGAAGACUGUUUUAUAUGCCUCACCCAAGGGAGGUUUAUGUCUGUUAUCAGGAUAAUAUUCCGCAAAAUAUUAUUGAGUUGGCUUUUAAAAUUGACUUAAGUACAAUGAAUUAAGUGCCCUUUAACUUAGAAGUGAGAAAAAAUUUGAAUUCUAAAGUCCGUCCUUAAUAAAAAAGUGUAUAUUUUUUUAAUAAAAAUUAUUUUGUAAUGUAA